ACUCGGUGUGAUCGAGGCGUUAUUGUGCAAAUUGGCACGCAAGCAUCAUCUGGAUAUGUGUGCAAAAUAAAUUCAACAUUCACCUUCUGAUACCAUUUCUGUCAAGCAGUUUGCAUACAAUAUGAUGUAUACAUUCGAUAAAUGCAACGCCACCCAGAACAGAUCGCACUGCAACUGCCUCUGCAACGCAAUAUUGAAAGGCACUUCUGGUGUUCCAAAACGCAAAACAUUGUGUGGGUGAUCGAGGAGUAACCUCCUACGAAAAGUCACUUCCGGCCGUAGCUGUAUACCACCUUGUCAAACCCGUCACGCUCCGGUCUGUUUUGGAGAAGGGAAGGAGUGGAAGAUGGCGGCGUCCAAGGUGAAGCAGGACAUGCCUCCUCCUGGAGGUUAUGGCCCUGUCGACUAUAAGAGAAAUCUCCCGAAACGGGGACUUUCUGGGUAUAGCAUGCUCACCAUUGGAGUUGGUGUCAUGUGUUUCGGUUAUUGGAGACUCUUCAAAUGGAACAGGGAGAGGAGGCGGUUGCAGAUUGAGGAGCUGGAAGCGAGAAUAGCUCUUCUGCCUUUGCUGCAAGCAGAGCAGGACCGAAGGCAACUACGGAUGCUGAGGGAGAAUCUGGAGGAGGAAGCAGUUGUAAUGAAAGGUGUCCCCGGCUGGAAGGUAGGCGAGAAUGUCUUCCACACAGACCGCUGGGUGGCCCCCCUCACAGAGGAGCUGUUUAACCUUCGACCCCGUGAAGAGCUUCUCCACAAGCGCUUUGGCUUCCUGUGGUACGUGUAGCCGCACCCCAGUCCAACUGUGUACACCUCAGCUACCAUACCAGCCACAGCCAGUACCCUUUUGACCGGAGUCCACAACUCCACACAGCUUGUAAAUGUUCUAUAUUAAAGUCAUCUUUUCUGUACCCCA